ACUGCUGUUUAUGCUGCGCUCCAUCUCUGCAGACACAAGAGGGGAAAACGUCCCCCUGUAACGCCGAAGACACUAUCAUUUUGGACUGACUGACGUUUGUGUUGCCAAUAACGAUGUUCCGCUUGCGGCAAUUGUCCGCAGUUUCUGUGGGGCUAGUGCAGUUGUCCCGGCGCUACCACAGUGGAGCAGUGCGAGGGUCUGGCCGGAGGAGGCUGAUGUUGGCAGCCCUGGCUGGAGUAACUGGUGUGUCUGCUACUACUGGGCUGCUCUGGAAAAGAGCAUAUGCGGAUGCAGGGCCUUCCGUUCGACACUCUGAGCAGCCAGCCGGAGAGGGGGCAGAUUUCGUGAAGGAUGCAGAUUCUGAGACAGAGUCAGAAAAGUCUGUGGAGGCCAGCAGUGGAGACGAAGAAGCAAGUGAAGGUGGUGAGGGGAAAAAAAAGAAGCCGCGCUCUGGAUUCCGUGACCGCAAGGUGAUGGAGUACGAGAACAGGAUUAGAGCCUACUCGACUCCAGACAAGAUCUUUCGCUACUUUGCCACGCUGAAAGUCAUCGGUGAGCACGGAGACGCUGAGGUUUACAUGACGCCCCAGGACUUCAUCCGCUCCAUCACACCUAACGAGAAGCAGCCUGAGAAUCUUGGCCUGGAUCAGUUUAUCCUGAAGCGCUAUGAUGGGAAGGACUUCUGGCAGACGGAGAAGAUUGCCCAGGAGAGGGAGAAGUUUGCAGAUGAGGACAGCAUAUUUUACACACUGGGAGAAUGUGGCCUUAUCUCCUUCUCCGACUACAUCUUCCUCACCACUGUGCUGUCUACCCCCCAGAGGAACUUUGAGAUUGCUUUCAAGAUGUUUGAUCUGAACGGUGAUGGAGAGGUGGAUCUGGAGGAGUUUGAACAAGUCCAGAGCAUCAUUCGCUCCCAGACCAGUAUGGGCAUGCGACACCGUGACCGCUCCACCACAGGAAACACCCUAAAGACAGCCGGCUGCAGCUCUGCUCUCACCACCUACUUCUUUGGAGAAGACCUAAAGGGAAAACUCACCAUUGGCAGCUUUCUGGAGUUUCAGAGGAAACUGCAGCAUGAUGUGCUCAAACUAGAGUUCGAAAGGAACGACCCUGUGAACGACAGAAUCACCGAGCGACAGUUUGGGGGCAUGCUGCUGGCCUAUAGCGGCGUCCAGUCUCGUAAACUCAAGCAGAUGCAGAAGGGUUUGAAGAAGAUGUUUAAGGAUGCACAGGGCAUCACCUUUGAAGAGGUUGAGAAUUUCUUUACUUUCCUAAAGAACGUGAAUGACGUGGACACGGCGCUAAGUUUCUACCACAUGGCUGGAGCCUCCAUAGACAAAGUUACCAUGAGGCAGGUGGCUCGCACUGUGGCCAAAGUGGAGCUGUCGGAUCACGUGUGUGAUGUGGUGUUCGCUCUGUUCGACUGCGAUGGGAACGGAGAGCUCAGUAAUCGGGAAUUCAUAGCCAUUAUGAAGCAGCGGCUCAUGCGUGGGCUGGAGAAACCCAAGGACAUGGGUUUCACUCGGCUGGUGCGCGCCAUGUGGAAGUGUGCCCAGGAUACCGCUUGGGACUUUGCCACACCAAAGACAUAAUACAGACAGGAGGUGACGUGUGAGCUAGAGAGAAAGACAGUGUGAAUAAAGCAACAACACCAGUAGCAUCAAAGACGUUCUCCUUCAACAGGUCUCGACAAUUUAAAGAGGCAAUUAAUGCAAUAAACUCAUUAGGACUGCAGCUCUGAGGGGCAUCAUCAUUCAUUAACGCAUGUCGCUGUAACUCAAACUGUCGAUAUAGCGACUGAAGCAUGCUGACGCAGCGCAUUGGGCCUGAAAGGCUUCUUUAGCCUGCCUGUCCAAGGCAUGAUGGGUGUUUGUAUAUUUUAAAAUGCACAAGUUUAUUUUGCCAUAUUCUGUAGAGGAAUGCAGCUGGUAACUUUUUCAAAUGCUAAAAAACAGCAAGUUAUACCUGCAUUUAACAUGUUUUAGUGCAAAAGGCAAGAAAAGAAGCAAAAUCAAUCUUAUCUGACCUGCAGCUGAAGCAAUGCCGCAAUAUGUCUGUUCUAUACUGAUAACAGACCUUUAGUUAUUUCUUUUAGUGGAACAGCGAGCAAGAGUGUGAUCUUGUUAGCACCUCUUCAUUCAUUCUGCAAGCCCUAGCUGCGUCUUUACUGCUUUGUCCCGUGAAAGAUCAGUGAUGCUUGUCUUGCCCUACAAUGUUCUCUUCAAAGUGUGUAUUCUCCUAAUUAUUUUUGCCCACUGAAACACUUUAUAUAAGAUGGAUGUUAAAAGAAAUGCUCUAUUAAAGAUGUUUUUAAUAACGUAAAA